UCAAAAUAUCAAAUCAAACCAAGAAGAGCUCUACGGUUGCAUUUCCAUACAGAGAAUUUAAGCCUACAGAUCACAAGAAAAGAAGCCAUAGAUAAGGAAAAGAUCUUUGCUUUCACUCUUUCAAGAUUCCUCACAAUUCUGAACUCCAUCCCAUUUUCUGGGACUCUGUUCUUUCACAACUACCUCUCAAAACUCAAAUCUAUCUCGCUCUCUCUCCCAAGAUUGUUCCUUUCUUAGCAAUCCUUUGCAUUCAGAAACCAAGUGUUGUUGGUUGUUUUGAAGUUGCAUGGGUGUAUAUCGUCCCAGCCCUCUCACGGUUAACUCGGACUUAGACAGCAGUUUUGAAUCCAUCAUCGCAAAACUGAUAAACCUUAAAGAUGAGAAGAUUAAUAAGUCCCUUAAUAUUGAAGAUGAUGAUGAUAUGGUGAGCCCUUUGGUUGGAUCAAGAAUCCCACAUUCUCCGAAACACGAGGCGGCUAUCAAGCUUCAGAAGGUUUACAAGAGCUUCAGAACUAGGAGAAAGUUAGCAGAUUGUGCAGUUCUCAUUGAGCAGAGCUGGUGGAAGCUUCUAGACUUUGCAGAGCUCAAGCAUAGCUCCAUUUCCUUCUUUGAUAUCGACAGGCACGAGACUGCCAUCUCGCGCUGGUCAAGGGCUAGAACACGGGCUGCAAAGGUUGGAAAGGGGCUGUCCAAGAAUGGAAAAGCUCAGAAACUUGCUUUGCAGCAUUGGCUUGAAGCUAUUGAUCCACGGCAUCGUUAUGGCCACAAUCUUCAUUUCUAUUAUGUUAAAUGGUUGAACUCACAAAGCAAAGAGCCAUUCUUUUACUGGCUAGAUAUAGGAGAAGGGAAAGACAUGAAUCUAGUUGAGAAAUGCCCUCGUUCGAAGCUUCAGCAGCAGUGCAUCAAGUAUCUUGGCCCGAUGGAACGAAAGGCGUAUGAGGUUGUGAUUGAGGGUGGGAAGCUCUUGUACAAGCAGACGGGGGAGCCCCUCGACACCACUAGGGGUUCCAAGUGGAUCUUUGUGCUCAGCACGUCGAGGACAUUGUAUGUCGGGAAGAAGAAGAAGGGCACGUUCCAGCACUCGAGCUUCUUGGCUGGCGGAGCCACACUGGCUGCCGGGAGGAUAGUAGCUGAGAAUGGAGUCUUGAAGGCAGUGUGGCCUCACAGCGGCCAUUACAAGCCAACACCAGAAAACUUCCAAAAUUUCAUAUCAUUUCUCAGAGAAAACAAUGUGGAUCUCAAUGAUGUCAAGCUUGAUUCCACCGAUGAAGAAGAGGACAGUCUGUACUUGACAAGCAACGCUUCCGAAGAUGAUGUGGCCUCAACAUCAACAUCAGCAUCAUCAGAUAAUGCUCGGUCUCCAGAGGAGAGCACGGGCGCUUCUCUGCAGCCACGAGGCUUUAGUUGGGAGCUGGCUGCCCUGGAGAUACCAUGCAAAGACAGCUUCUUGGAGAAGCUGAAGACUGAAAACCAAAGCUCUGAUAACUUCCUUUUAGAAUCACCAAGAGAUGCAGAUGCAGAUGCAGAUGAAGAUGAAGAAUGCAUUUCACAAAGAAUCAACCAGCACAAAGAGAGCAAGUCUUUCCAGCUGGGGAAGCAGCUAUCGUGUAACUGGAGCACUGGGGCCGGCCCCCGGAUUGGCUGCGUGAGGGACUACCCUUGGCACCUCCAGGAACGCGCCUUGGAGCGAGUAAAACUGUCUCCCAGAAGCGUCUUACCAUCUGAAUCGCGACGAGCAGCAGCCAGCACCAGCAGCAUUCUCUCUUGCAGGACUACUAGUAGUAGCCUUCAUUCCUCACCUCUGCAUUCACUCUGCUGAUUACAACCCUUAAUUCUUUUAUUUUUUCUUAAGGGAAUUCAUUCUUUGGUUUUGUAUUCAUUGCAAUAGAAUUCCCAUAAUUUUUUUUUAUCUAUUUUUUUAGUUUAACCAUGUACAUCAAUUUUGAAAUCUGGUACAGUUAGAAAAGGAUGUAGCUAGGUUGUAUAUAUUUUUUGAUUCAAUUCAAAGGAAAAUUUGAUUCUUUUUCCAA